GUCUUCGCGGUCUUCUCCGAGCGGUAGUCUUAGCACCCCGAAGUCCUGUCCUGCACUUUCCAACUGCCACGCAUACGCUCUCUCGGGCCCCCAGUAAACCAUAAUUGAAGAAAAAUGAUGGAAGAGAGCGGAAUAGAGACAACCCCGCCGGGGACUCCUCCACCACACUCCGCAGGCCUGGCUGCAGCUGCCGCAGCUUCCACCCCGCUGCCUUUAGCUGCAACCAGUUCUUUCUCUUCUCCAAAUGUGUCCUCCAUACAGUCUUUGCCGCCACAUGCGUACUCCACCCCUCAGCCGUCCCUCCCUCCCGUGAGGCCCUCCGCACCCUUGCCCUUCGUGCCGCCUUCACCGGUCCCUUCUGUUCCAGCUCUCACGACUUCUAUCCCACCUCCUGUCUCUCCACCACCUGCUGCUGCCUUCAGUAAUCCUCCUCUGUCCCACUUCCCGGCUUCAUCGUCUGCCCAAAGCACUCUUUCAUCUGCACCCCCUUCUGGUCCUCCCACAUCGGGAUUUUCCGUUGGGGCAACUUACGACAUUACAAGGGGACAUGCAGGAAGAGCUCCCCAGACACCCCUGAUGCCGUCAUUCUCCGCACCUCCGGUAACAGGUAUUUUGCCAACUCCCAUUACUCAGCAAGCCAGUUUGACAUCUCUGGCCCAAGGACCAGGAACCACAUCAGCCAUUACGUUUCCAGAGGAACAAGAAGAUCCUCGAGUUGGUAGAGGUCAGGAUGAAGCAUCUGCUGGUGGACUCUGGGGUUUUAUUAAGGGUGUGGCCGGAAAUCCUAUGGUGAAAUCUGUGCUUGAUAAAACAAAACAUUCAGUAGAAAGCAUGAUUACAACGCUGGACCCCGGCAUGGCUCCAUAUAUCAAAUCUGGAGGUGAACUGGAUAUUGUAGUGACCUCAAAUAAAGAAGUAAAAGUUGCUGCUGUCCGAGAUGCCUUCCAGGAGGUCUUUGGCUUAGCUGUGGUCAUAGGGGAAGCUGGACAGUCCAAUAUUGCCCCACAGCCGGUAGGCUAUGCAGCUGGAUUAAAAGGUGCCCAGGAACGGAUAGACAGCUUGCGUCGAGCUGGAGUGAUCCAUGAAAAACAGACUGCUGUGUCAGUAGAAAACUUCAUUGCAGAAUUGCUACCUGACAAGUGGUUUGACAUUGGCUGUUUGAUAGUGGAAGACCCUGUCCAUGGCAUUCACCUGGAAACGUUUACACAGGCCACACCCGUGCCUUUGGAAUUUGUACAGCAGGCUCAAAGUCUCACUCCCCAGGACUACAGUCUGAGGUGGUCAGGCCUUCUGGUGACAGUGGGUGAAGUCCUGGAAAAGAGCUUAGUGAACGUGACGCGGACUGACUGGCACUUGACAUUCACCGGCAUGUCUCGCCGGCAGAUGAUCUACAGUGCGGCCAAAGCCAUUGCUGGAAUGUACAAACAGCGCCUGCCCCCCAGGACCGUGUGACAGGAGACUCACCCAGGGCGCAGCGACCUCUUCGCUUGGAGCGUGGCGGUAAAGACUUGGUCCCAUCCCCAUGUGGGGAGCUCCAGCAGAUGUCGGGGUCUUGCGAAUGUGCCUCUAGGCUACACUUGAUUUUUCCUAGAAAGGAACGGUGUCAUUCCAGUAGCUGCAAAGAAACAGAUCCUUGCUGUGAUCGUGCAAUUUCACGUACCGCAGUUCUUAGAAAACAAUUAUUUUUAUAGGACAAUUUGAUAUACCAAAUCUGUACGGUGCAAAUUCACGUGCUUUGACCUUUAACUUAAUGAUACGUACUUGAUUAUUUUGUUGAAGAUUGAAGAACAUGUCAUUGUUUAUUUCAUGAUUUCUCUCUUCUUAGUCCUUGAUGCUUUUUGUGUGUGCGGGUGAUCUCAGGUCUGACACCGAACCGCGUGCUCAACAGCUGACCCUCAGACACCUACUUGCAGGGAGAUGGUGCACGUUUCUAUGCAUACUUUUUACAUGGGCCAAAAUAAUGGGAUUUUUUUUUUUGUCAUUAUGUACAUAUACACAUCCUCUAAAAAAAAGAAAAAAGGUUUAUUUCAAAGUAAGUUUUGGCAUUUCACAUAUUUAGACUCUGAGACAUUGUAGCACUAUUUUGUUUUUCUUUGCUAUGUGACAACUAAGUGGCCCAUGAUUUGAGUGUAUUUUAAAUCAGAACAGUUCCUGUUUUUAUAUAGUACUAUUCAAUAUUUUCAAGUAAACUCAGACAACAGCCAUUAUUUCUGCUUCCAUUCAUAUAUUCUCAAGUGUCGUAUAGAAAUUUUUCAGAGGAAUUACUUUGUUAUUUAUGGGGUUGUAUGCCUCCUCUUUUAAUUAAGGUUACUUGAUAUUUAGUUUGCCUUAAACAGUGCUUUUCUAACUUGGUGCCAUUCUGCCUUUACUACUCUUUAUGGAAUUUUCAGUGAAACUAUUUAAUAUUCAACCUGGUUUAUCUAGUUGAUCAUGUUUGUAUUUAGUGACUGAAGCUUCUCCCUCCCCCCAGCCCCAAAUAAUAUAUUUUAGCAUUUUUGGAUUUAUAGAAAUCAGAAUUUAAAUAGUUUGUCUUAUACUCUGGAUUCUAUGUAUGCAAGUUCCUAUAAUGUUUUGAAGAUAGUUUCUUACGCAAAUGUAAUUUAAUUUUUACUUACUCGUCUAUACAGUUCUUUGCUGUAAAUUAAUUAGCACAAUCUUAUAAAGGGUGUUGAAGCUCUUAUCCUGCACUGUCACUACAGGUAACACUGCUUUGUAUUACUUUGAGUACUUACUCAAUUUUUGCUUUUUUUACCUGAGGACGAGAAGCAUUAUUUUCACAACUCUUUGUUCAUUUCCAAGCACCAUAUGAUUGCUUGGUGAAAUUCAGACUUGUCUGUCAUUAAAAGGAGAGAAAAGACAUGUAACCAGUUGCUGCGGCGUGAUAGGGCUAGAGUGAUUUUCUCCCCUUUCAUUGCUAUUUGUGCAACACUUCAUGUUUUCUCCAUCUGAUUAAUAAAAAAGAGAAGCCUUUCUGUACCAUUUGCUUUUUUAUCCUUUAUUUUCAAAAAGCUACACUUCUCUAACGGUAUUUAUCAUGGCAUUGGCCAGGUGACAAAUCAGUUAGGGACGAAGGAUGCCCAUUCUUGGAAUAUGCGAGUGCGAAGGCCACUUUCCCUCCCGUUACAGGGAAUCUUAGAGGUCCUAAAAAAAUGUCUGUUUUCUAUUUUACCAAGUCUCAAAUAGUUUAGGUCUUUGAGGGCUGUUUUAAUAGAAUCACAAACAUGGACAUCCCCUUAGAGUACAAUUUUUCCACAGUCUUCAAGUUCUUCGGUUAGGUAGUGGCUUGUGUGAAGCCAGGUAAUUUUCCCAUCCCUGGUCAUCUGAGCCUUUGGCCCUUUGUCACAGUGUGAGUGGGCGAGGAGGAUAAGGGAAGGGCACAUGGAAGAGAUAAACCCACCAUCCGGGUUUUGCCUCUGAUGCUUUUUUUGGCCACCAGUUACCGUUGAAAGUCAUCCAAGCAUGACUGACUCCACACGCUGUUUUCCCCACCUCAUGCUUAUUUUUUCAUCUUUAGAUUUGUCAUAUGAGGGGCAAGAAAAGUAACUCCUUACCUCGUACAUGCCACAGCGGCUUGGGCUGGGUAGGCCUGUCGUGAGUGUUGGCCUGAGAUAAGCGAGCCCUCAGUUGGAGGCCACAUUUCCCCUCACCAGCACCCAGCUGUCUCCAGUUCUUUGCCCUUCGGGCUCAUCUCCUGCCGACACUAGCAUUUCUGAGGGAGAGUCAGACUCUGGGCUCUUUGCUUUUUUUGUCCCUCAUGCUUCUCAGGAAAACCAGUCUCUAACACAGUUCUUCACCACUGUUCUUGUGGUCGGGUCAUCAAUAUUUGUUCUGAAUCAUUUAGUCAACUUCCUCAGCUGGUACACUGUUUUGUUUUAAUUAAGCAGUGUGAAAGACAACAGGAAAAAUGCAGCAAGAGUAAUGUAACAUCAGCUUUGGGUGACAGAAGGGAACUCCGAGACUCCAAGACCCUUCGGUUAAUAAGCCUGGACCAGAGCUGUGCCACUGUUGGAAAACUUCUGGCUGGGUCCAGUUUUCUCCUCCUUGUCUCUUAAUUCCCCAUUCUUUGUUCCUUUUUAUCUUAAGGAUUAAUGAGGUAGAAAAAUCGAGAUGACUGAAUUUAAACCAAGUGGUGGUAUACUGGUAAGGUUAAGGAAAGUAUGGUAUGCAUGUAUUAAAAAAUUAUGCAAAUUACUGAUACACUCAGGGUCAAGUUAAUUACUUUAUGUUGUUGAAUUUACAUUGUUCCUUGACUACAAAAAAUUCUCAACAGAUGUUCGUGUCCUCUGAAUCCAAAUUGAUGGUAUUUUGUGAUCCAAAAGAUGUUGGGUAAUGUAUAAAUUAAGAAAGUUGGAUUUUUACUCCCAGCAUAUGAUGUUCAUUCUUAAGAUACUAUGCAGGAUGAUGUAUUGGAUAAGAACCAUUUUAUAAGAAUGUAAAUAUGUUACAAAUAAAUAAUACCUCAAUUUA